AUGUCUUUGGCCGGCCCGAAAACGCGGACGGCCAAUCCAUUAAAGAGACCUCGUCAAGAACCAGUUUCAUGUCAGUUCUGUCGUUCCAAGAAACUCAAAUGCAAUCGCCAGCAUCCUUGUUCCAACUGUGUGGCGCGAGGUCUGCCAUGUAACAGUUCAUCCCAGCCUUCCAACAACAUUCGUUCUCCGGUCGAUGCCCUGAAUGAAUCCAUUCUGUGCCGCCUGCAGCGACUGGAGGACAUGAUUUUGGGCCCAGCGCAGCAUGGAUUGCCAGCUGCCAACCAGGGCUCGCAACCCUCUCCAUCGCUUACCCAAUCUCGACCAACGGCAUCUCCCAUGGAGUGUCUUUCUCCCGCAUCUGAGUAUGAAGAGGCCGUACAGAGCUUAGAACGCAUAGCAAACCCAAGAGACCCCUUUCUCUCUUCCAACCUUGAAGGGCCAGAAAUACGCGUCCUAGCUACCCAGCAAAUCUGCGAUAUCUAUGGAGUUGCGCAUAUCCGAGCGGCCCAUGGUUGGCAAGACUCGAGGUGCCUUUUCCUUCCCCCAGAACACGAGGCAUCUCUCUUACUGGACCAUUACAUUUCCCACAUCGACGCUUUGCAACACGUGGUGUACAUCCCACGUGUCCGUGCAUUGAUGGACGAGGUCUACCUACAAUUGCAACAGGCACUCCCAGUGGUCCAUAGCCAAGUGGCACUUUUGAUGAGCAUUUUCGCAACCUCCGCCGCCCUCCUUACAGGCGUUGGGGGAAGCUUGCAGCAGCUAUUCAGGACCUCUGACCCCUAUCAAGCAGCUAGGAUCUGGGCAAAUGCUGCCCUCGAACUGAUGGAGUUCUCUCGUCGUACGACUGCGGGGAGUUUGGAGUACGUUCAGACAUCAAUCCUGAUGGGCUUCUUGUCCUACCAUAUGGAAGAUUUUUCUGCCAGGUCCCGCUUCCUGUUUGUAGGAGCUGUUGCCAUCGCACGCGACCUGUGCUUGCACAAGCUCGAUGCUCCGACCAACCGGCCCUCCGAUUCUUCCAACCCCAUAGAGACUGAAAUCAAGCGGCGUGUUUGGUGGCACAUCGUUGCAACAGACUGGCUGUUGGCGCACAACGGAGGUCCCCAGGAGGGUACAUAUCUGGUUCAUCCUCGACAUAUGUGUGUGAAUCUCCCACGAAAUGUCAACGACACAGACCUAUACCACGACAACCCUUCGAUAGACCUGCCAUUAUCUGAACCUACCAUCAUGUCAUAUUAUAUUCAACGCAUCAAGGUUGCCGAUAUCUGUCGCAGCGUAGUGGAUGUCAUGCCUCUGUCCAGCCCAUCAAUCUCGAAAAUAGAUUACCAGGAUGUGAUCGCCCUCGACCGUAAGUUCGAGGCCUUUUUCGAAGACCUGCCUUGGUUUUUCAAGAUGGACGACAAGAGUCGUGCUGAGAGCGAUGCCAUCAUGCGCAAAUACCCUCAUAUGAGGUUACAACGAUACACGUUGGGAACCGUCGCGCUCAUUCAGCGGUGUAAGCUACAUCAGCCUUUCCUCAUUCGACGUUCCGCCGAAGGAUAUUACAACUAUUCCAGGGAUGUCUCGUUACAGUGCGCACGAGCGGUCAUCAGUCUGAAAGGGGUGCUGGAUGCGGAGGUGGGGACCAUGGUGCAUGCCCCCAUCCAACCCGGGUCGAUAGCUUACCACAUCUUCAUGGCAACCAUUGUUCUCGUCAUGGACAUUUGCUUCAACCGCAAUGAGGGCGACGACGCAGCUAGGAAAGCCGAGGUUACAGCUGCCUGCAAGGCACUGGAAGAUUGCAUAUCCCGGUCCCGCGCGGCCUGCGAUUUCCUGAGUUCUGUCACAGAAACCCUGCGCAAGUAUAAGGUCAAGUUGCACCAUCCACCUGGCGGUAUGGUACAGGAAGCGAUCGUUCCGGCCUCGAUGGAGAUGUUCCACCCUUCACAAGAUGUGUUACCAAUCUCGAAGCAACAGCCUGACAAUGCCAGCUCGAUGGACAAUACACAGCACGUGUUUGCCGAUUUCGAUAAGAUUUGGAAGGAGUACGUCGAGUAUGGGCCAAAUAUGGACAUGCCGGACUGGGACAGCCUGUUCAAUGAUCUGGACUCGAGGCUCUACUAG